UCUGUUUAAUUUGCUGCUGUAAUCAGGUAUCGUGCACUUGAUUCCAAAAUAAGUUGGUUGUACUCCCACUUCAACGAGUGUGUUUUGUUCAAUAAUAUUUAUAUAUAGGCGCUAUAUUGAUAAAAAACGCAGCAAAACAGCCAACACCCGAGCUUGAUUACAAUAUCGAACGAGUAUACCGCGUAAGUCUUUCACACACCACCGAAGUGAUAUUAUGGCAUUCGCCCAAAAUUUAGUCAGGUGCACCAUCAAUGCUGCCGUAGUCAAAAGUGCCAGAAGCUUAUCGAAAAAUGCAAGUAACUUUAGCUUACUACAAAGAUGUAUUAAUCUUAAACCGAUAACGAAUCAACAUUGUUUGCGAACAUUUUCUGUUGGCACACAACUUCACCAAGAUGUGAACGUUACAUUUUUACGCGCAAAUGGACAGAAAAUACAAACAAAGGGAAAAGUUGGUGAUACCUUAUUGGAUGUGGUGGUUAAUAAUCACAUCGAUUUGGACGGUUUUGGCGCAUGUGAAGGCACACUAACCUGUUCCACAUGUCAUUUAAUCUUCAAAACAGCAGAUUUCGAGAAACUGCCAGAUAAAGCUAGUGAUGAAGAAUUAGAUAUGUUGGACUUAGCUUAUGAACUUACUGAAACUUCACGGCUAGGUUGUCAAAUAACUCUUACAAAGGAUAUGGAUGGGCUGGUUGUAAGUGUGCCUGCAACAAUAAAUGACGCGCGCAGUGCGUAACCAAGGUUAAGCACUUGUUAAACUAAUUGCACACUUGACGAAACAAAUUAACUACACAAACAUAGAAACACUUUUUAUGUUAUAUAUAAAACCAAUUGUAAUAUAGCAUUGUGAUAAGAUCAGCAAAAUGUGUUCGCCACUUUUACGUCAAAUAAAUUGACGGAUGGCCCGGAUGUUGCUUGCAUAAAUGAAUAUAAUAUUUGUAUAUAAACCAAUGCAUAUUGUUAAAGUCUCCGAAUAUACGUAUGUAUAUAUGUAUACUUAUAAAUAGUAGUUUAAAUCUUUCCAAUCCCAAUGAAAACUAAACCAGUAAGAACAAAACAACGUAAGUGCAAACAAAAAUGUAUGUAUAAUAAUUUUAACUGCUUAUUUUUAUAAAAUAAAUGUCUGCUUUAAGCGAAAAUUAAACAAAAAAUUGUUUGUUUUCUGCAUUUCAACCUUUGUUACAGCACAUGGUGAGUGAUUUCCAAAAUUCCUAUACAUAUUUACAUGCCUAAAUGGUGUAUGUUUUAUAUGCAUUUACUGCAUAUCCCAAAGGCCGCAUGUACUAAUUUUGAUUUCUUAGAUACAUAUAAAUUCCGUCUCAUUUGAAUUGUAUAUUCAUGUUAUUAAUGAAUCUACUAUAUGUAGAAGUUUUUAUUUUUUCAUUUUGGUUCCUACAAGUGGUAUAUAGGAAAUUAUGGUUAAUGUAUACACAAGUUGUAAUACGUUAUCAGGCGGAGAUAAAGAAAUUUGUGAGAUAACAUAAUUUCAACAUUGUAGCAAAAUAUUAUACUGUAAGAAGUCUCUGCGCUCGGCGAUUCUUAUCAAAAUUAAGUCGGAAUAAUUAAGUUAAAUUUGCUAAAAAGGUGAUCAAAUAUGUUGUAAUUUAUGAAAACAAGAUAAACGAUAUUUUUCCUACAAGGCAUGCAUUAGGAAAUCGCAACAUCAUUGUGAACAAUCACUUUCAAAUGCAAGCUUAUCUAAAUAAAUGUAUUUGUUGUUCAUGCAAUUUCUUAAUCAUACAUGUAUGUACAUAUGUACUUAUGUAUACUGAUUAAGAGUUCUUCACUGCCACAUUAAGGUGUUAUUUAUUGUUAAUAAAUAAGCCAGGGGCCUGGAAUGCUUUAAAAUUUGCAUACAUAUUGACAUUUGAGUAUAUUUAUGUAAAUUGUGAAUGUAUAUAUAUGUACAUAUGUACAUACAAAUGUAAGUGAUAUUAUAUGUAUAUGUAUGUACAUUCAUAUGUUUGUUGAGAUUUUAAUUGAAAAUGAACAUGCACAUAUUACUUCCUUGCAAAAACAAAUUAAGUUAAUUGCCUACUAUUUUUUACAGAUUAAUUGUACAUUAAUUAUAAUAAUAAUAAACAACAGUUUCUGAUAGUAAACAAGUAAGAAGUGCUAAGGUCGGGUGAAACAUUUGUUCACUUUACCAGAUUUUUUAAUCAAUUAUUUGUCUAUUUUUCUUCUUUACCGGCUUAGACACCUCUACGUGGUUAUAGUCGAGUUAACAACAGCGCGCCAGUCGUUUCUUCUUUUCGGAAUUUGGUGCCAAUUCGAGAUACCAAGUGUAGCUAGGUCCUUCUCCACCUGAUCUCUACAACGGUGUGGAAGUCUUCCUCUUCCUCUGCUUCAUUCGACGGGUACCGCGUCGAAUACUUUCAGAGCUGGAGCGUUUUCAUCCAUUCGGAAGAUAUAACCUUCUUAAUUCGCUGAACUAGUUACAUAUGUCAAUAUCGUCGUAUAUUUCGUACAACUCAUCGUUCCAUCAUUCAGUAUUCGCCGUUGCCAAUACGUUAAGAACCAUAAAUCUUCCGCAGAACCUUUCUCUCGAAAACUCGUCAGAUGAUGUCAUCGUCCAUGCCUCUGCACAAUAUAGCAGGACGGGAAUAAUGAGUGACUUGUAGAGUUUGGUCUUUGUUCGUCGAGAGAGAACUUUACUUCUCAAUUGCCUACUCAGUCCGAAGUAACACCUAUUGGCAAGAGUUAUUCUGCGUUGGAUUUCAAAGCUGAUCUAAACAGCUCUAAUUACAACUACGAUCCAUUCGAAACACCUCACAUAGCUGAUGGAAGAUCUAUUUGCUAUUCGCUUGUACUGCCUGUUUUGUUCGUGUGAAGUUUAAUAUCGAUAUGUCAUUUAUUGUGUGUUUGACAACUGUUUCUUAGUGACGCGAAAAGUUUGUCUACCGACUUGUACCAUGGGAAGAAAACAUUGAUUUAGGAGCGCCUUGAAAUUUUGUGUUUCUAAUGGAAUCUCGACUAAGUAGUAGUUAUGGAAGUGUUUUGAGGGUCUACUUUGGCACGACACGAGUAUUUGAGUGAAAAAAAGCAUUCAGAAAGGGUUCCGAAGUCAUCGAUGAAUUGUGUCAUGCGAGUCGUCCAUCCACUGUUGUUGUUGUUGUAACAUAAAAAAUCUGCCGAUUUGACAGUCCUUGACUGGAUAAAAAAUCCGGGUCCAUUCCGGCUACGUAGAAGCGACUGUCUUGGGAACGGUAACGAAAAAGAUAAACAACAGUAUCUCAGAAUCUCUUAUGGAUCGACUCAACACAUUUUUUACUGUUUUCGGUAUGAAGUUUAGGCUCGCAUAUCGUCCAUCUUCUGUUAACGACGAAAAUAUCGAAAAAGUUAAUGAAACUCACCACAUUUGGAUAUGAAGCGUGACAAUGCUAAACUCGUACCUAAAGACCCGAAUGUUUUGCAAAACCUACAUCGAGUAGAGCUUGCAAAAAGUUGCUUGACAACGAAGUUGAGAAACCUGCAUUCAUCUAUUACAACAAACGCAUCAUUGCUGGUGAAGAGACGUGGGUCAAGUUAGAUUAAAUUUCAUAAGCAAGUGAGGACUGCAGGGCGAGCUAGGGUCUAUUGUGCCCUCUCCUAAGUCACAACAUUUCAACUAGCCCCAGCACAUUGAUAAGUUUCAAUAUACUUACUAAGUGCUAUUGAGGCGAUGUGAUGCCUGUUUGGAAAAAUGGCUCAAAGGGCCUUAAUUCUGCGUCUACAGACUGCUGUUCAGUCCAUUAGCAGGUGUUCCGGUGUUUCAGACUCUAUGUAAGUCGCAGAACCGGCAAUUUGUACAAGAAGCUAGGACCAUAUUAAUUUAGAGCUUCUUGAGCUUACAGUGGCUCUAGUGAAAGGCGCUCCUAAAAUGAGCCGAACCCGGAUAAAAAGCAAAAUUUGCUGAGGACACAGCCGAGGCUUAUAACAAGUGUUUGAAGGCGAUAACAAAUAUUUGUGUUAGAAUACGUGAAAAUAUAGUUUUUUUUGUCAGUCCGGGAUAAAUUGGAUCAGAUGGCAUAUCUUCAUUACAAACAACGAAAAAAGCAACAACAACAACACAUUCAUGUCAAAUACAAAUUUAUUCAGGUCUAUUAAAUAAAAAUAAUUUAAUAUAUACACAAGUUGCUACGUUAACUUA